AUGUUUUUAUCCUCUCUUUCAUCCUGCUUGUUUCUCUAUUUUUUUCUUUUUUCUUUUUCAGAUUCUUACCUCUCUUUUUUCUUUAUUAUACACUUUCUUUCUUCCUCUCUCCUUUCGUCUGUUAGUAGCCUUUUCUUUUUCAUCGAAAUUUUUCUUCAUUUUUUUUACCAUGUCGACAACGACAAAGAUGAUUCCUUACCGUUUUUGCGACUUUAUGUUCUUUCUUCUUAUGGAAUGUUUUCAUUCUUUUUUUUGUUACUACAUGAUUCUAAAGUAGUAAUUCUUUUCCAACUCCUCACUCAUUUUUCUUUCACUCUCACUCGCUAUCUAUCUAUCUAUCUAUCUAUCUAUGUAAUUCUGUUCAUUAUCUAUCUAAUUCUGUUCAUUAUCUAUCUAUCUAUCUAUCUAUCUAAUUCUGUUCAUUAUCUAAUUCUGUUCAUUAUCUAUCUAUCUAUCUAUCUAUCUAUCUAA